CUUCGUUCCAAACUUCACCAUAUGUCCAUAUCGGACAUUUAAUCACGAUUACACCAAGUUUCUCACCAGACUGCUGAGAUUUAUGUGAAUGACUGACGGUUCCAACAUGGCGGCCUUAAGCACGAUUUUGAGAAAGUCGUUUCGGGCAGGAAUGUCGACGCUAACCGCAUCAAAUUUCACACUUCGCGAGCUUAUUGUGAGUAAUUUUAGAGAGGAGAGCUCACUGGAUAAUUGGACUUGUACUUCAGAUGAGAUCAUUGGUGGAAAAUCCAGAGCGGAGUUGACUCGCACAAAGGAUGGUAAUGCAUCUUUCUGCGGGCAACUCUCUACCGAGCUCCCCCCUGAUAAGCGCAACAAACACAGUGGGUUUUGUACAAUGAGGUUAAACCCAAAAAUGGAUCGCUGGGGGACAACAUUGAACACUGAUGUGUCAUCUUAUGAUGUCAUGCAAUUACGGUUACGUGGGGAUGGCAGAACCUAUCUGGUUGGCUUUCAACCUCCAGGUUACAACACUGAUGACAUGUAUCAAGCCUUUAUAUACACUAGUGGUGGUCCAUUCUGGGAGGAAAUUACUAUUCCAUUUACCAAGUUUAUAUUCACAACUGCUGGCUACCUUCAGGACAGACAACCAACUUUUCAUUGCUAUAGAACAAUUGGCAUCUCAAUAAUGGAUAGAAUUAGUGGACCUUUUUGUCUUGAGUUAGAUCACAUCAAGCUAAGAGAGACCUUUUAUCAACCGAAAUACUUCGUAGAACACGCAGGCAGAGAUUUAGAUUACUGAAUUAUAUUGAAUAAUUAUUCAGAUGGUUGGUUAUUGCUUUCAAAAUGCUUUACAAAUACAAUUCCCGUCUUAAUCCUACCUGAAAUGUACGUCAUUUUCGC